AUGGACUGGAGUUCUGUGUACGACAACAACGGCGAGGAGGUGGGCAACUGGGAGGACUACGGCGAAACUCGCUGCUCUAGAAAUGCACAUCGUUUGCUGCAUCACAGUAAAUCUGUCCAUCUUGCUUAUCAACAGGAAACCAGCACGCGAUACUCACCUCUUGUAGCCUAUGCCUUCACAGUCAAUUACAUCUUGGGCGUAGGCUCUCUCGGUAUUCCAUACGCUUUUUAUCGUUCUGGUUUAGUUAUGGGAAAUAUCAUGAUAGUUGCAGUGACGCUGUUGUCUUAUAUGACCGUCAUGUGGAUUUGCGAGAGUGUCGCUAGGGCCCGCGAGGCUUCCGUUCUAAGCUUUCUACUGGAUGAAAAGACAGCUCUCUUCUCGAACAGCUCUAAAAGCAGUUCUUCCAUGAAACACAAUGAUUUUCCUGAGGUGACGCACCUUUGUGACAGGUUUUUAGGCUCAUCAACUUCUAAAAUGUACCAAGUUGCACUGUUAGGCCUCAUGUAUGGAGGGUUGGUCGGCUACAGUCAGGUUUUUAUCAAUACAUUCCUUACGCAAUUUGAUAACGUAGGAGGAUGGCAAUUAUCUAGUGGUCAUGUAGCCAUUGUGUUCGCCAGUAUUGUUCUUCCACUGUCUUGUUCAGAUUUGACGGAGCAAAUCUACGUACAAUUGACCAUGUCUGUAGUACGUUUCGUGGCACUAUUGAUUAUGAUUGUGAGUGCUACAUAUGCUCUUUUCAAUGACCCGUAUGAUGCUGGAGUGGAGAUUCAAUCUAGUUCCAAGCCACCUUACAUGAGUAAUUAUUCUCUUGUGGAUUGGAGUGGAUUCGGCGUCAUGUUUAGUACUAGCGUUUUCUCGCAAUUAUUUCAACAUUCGGUACCGGGAUUAUUGGCACCCCUUGGGAGCAGGAAUCAAGAAAAGGCUUCGGCUAUUUUCAGUUGUACGCUACUUACGACAAUGAUAUUUUACAUCGCGCUGGGAUCGAUUUGCUCGCUGUAUUUUGGAUCAAAGCUUUCAACUAGUGUAAAUUUAAAUUGGGCCGAAUUCACAUGGGGAUUCGAUGAAUCGGUAGCGCUAGUACCGCUUUGGGCCAAAAUUCUAUCAAUGAUUGUCGUGGUGUUUCCAGCUCUUGAUACUUUGAGCGUGUUUCCACUCAUAUCGGUGACUCUAGGAGACAACAUGGCUGCAGUGAUACCACAAACGUGGGUACAAGGGAGGAGGUCUACCCGUAAAUUGCUUUGUCGAUUUGGAGCUGCAGUCCCUCCGUUACUGAUCUCAGUCUUUGUGUCGGAUUUAUCUGUUACCCUUCAAAUAAGUGGGCUUAUGGGUAUCUACGUUGCAUUUUUUGCGCCCGCAUUACUUCAAUUGCAAGCAAGUCGUGAAUUUUCAAGCAGAAACGUUUACAGUGGAAGAUAUAGCGCAACGGCGUAUGUCUAUGGUGUGUUGGUGUUUGGGACACUAGCUUUUUUUGUCCUUGUUUACCAACUAGUGUUGCAGAUUGCUGUUUAUUGA